UCUCUGUGGCAGGUAGAGCGCCUCCGCCAGGCCAUUGAGGAACUCUACUACUUUGAAUUUGUGGUGGACGACUUGCCGCUCCGUGGCUUCGUGGGCUACAUGGAGGAGAGUGGCUUCCUGCCCCACACCCACAAGAUUGGGCUCUGGACCCAUCUGGACUUCUAUCUGGAGUGGAAUGGUGACCGCAUCAUCUACGCCAAUGUCAGCGUUCGCAACGUCAAGCCCACCAGCUUGGAUGAUGUCCAGGGCGUGUUGCCCAUCACUUAUACGUACAGCGUCCAUUGGUCCGAGACCAGCGCGGAGCGGCAGGGUGAACGUAGGGGAAGUCACAACGGGGAUGACAGCUUCUUCCCUCACACCUUGGAGAUCCACUGGCUCUCCAUCAUUAAUUCUAUGGUGCUGGUGUUUCUGCUGGUGGGCUUUGUGGUUGUCAUCCUGAUGCGGGUCCUCAAGAACGACCUGGCCCGCUACAACCUGGAUGAGGAGGUCUCGUCUUCCUCCUCAGGAGAUGACUUUGACCAAGGGGACAAUGGGUGGAAAAUCAUCCACACAGAUGUCUUCCGCUUUCCACCAUGUCGCAGCCUCCUCUGUGCUGUGCUGGGCGUGGGCAGCCAGUUCCUGGCCUUGGGCACUGGCAUCAUUGUGAUGGCUUUGCUGGGCAUGUUCAACGUCCACCGCCAUGGAGCCAUCAACUCAGCCGCCAUCCUCCUCUACGCCCUCACCUGCUGCAUCUCCGGUUAUGUGUCCAGCAACUUUUAUCGCCAGAUUGGUGGCGAGCGGUGGGUCUGGAAUAUACUGCUCACCACCAGCCUUUUCUCGGCGCCCUUCUUCCUGACCUGGAGCGUGGUGAACUCGGUGCAUUGGGCCAACGGGUCAACCCAGGCACUGCCGGUCACCACCAUCCUGCUGCUGCUGACCGUCUGGCUGCUGGUGGGCUUCCCACUGACCGUCAUCGGUGGCAUCUUUGGCAAGAAUCGGGCCAAUCCCUUCGAUGCGCCCUGCCGCACCAAGAACAUCGCCCGGGAAAUCCCACCCCAGCCCUGGUACAAAUCCACGGUGGUCCAUAUGACCAUCGGAGGCUUUCUGCCCUUCAGUGCUAUUUCUGUGGAGCUGUACUACAUCUUUGCCACCGUGUGGGGCCGAGAGCAGUACACCCUCUAUGGAAUCCUCUUCUUCGUUUUCGCCAUCCUGCUGAGCGUCGGGGCCUGCAUCUCCAUCGCCCUCACCUACUUCCAGCUCUCGGGCGAGGACUACCGCUGGUGGUGGCGUUCCAUCUUGAGCGCGGGCUCCACCGGCCUGUUCAUCUUCCUCUACUCAGUCUUCUACUACUCGCGUCGCUCCAACAUGUCGGGCACGGUGCAGACAGUGGAGUUCUUUGGGUACUCGCUCCUCACAGGUUACGUCUUCUUCCUGAUGCUGGGAACCAUCUCCUUCUUCGCCUCUCUGAAGUUCAUCCGCUACAUCUACGUCAACCUGAAGAUGGACUAGCUGCCCUCCUCUGCUCUCCUCGGCUGGAGCUGCAAUAAAGCUCUGUUUUCCAUUGGUCAGGAUGGAUGUGGGUCAGAGGGGUGCCUUCCAUUACAGAGCAUGAAAGACAUAGGUUCAGAAAGUCUGUUCACAGCUGGCAUCUCCACUGAGCUCUGAAAACAUAGGCUAUUUAUGAUUUAUUCUUUCCUUGGCUGGAAUUUGGGAGCGUUUCCAAGCUCACCCUAGUGGCGCUUGCUGGAGGGCCACAAAGUAGGGGACAGGAGGCAUUGUUAUGUUCUCUCCUGCUGGUCAGGACAACUAGCCAAUCAGUGACCUUCCUAUGAGUCUAGCCAGUUAGUACCCCCCAUUACAGGAUUCUCCCCUUUGUCUUUUUAAAGUUAAAGCUGUGUUGCUGUAACUGAAGCGAAUCAUUUCUUUUUCUCCUUGCGCUGGGACCAUUUGAGAGGGGUUUUUUUUCCUGUUGACUAUAUGAUCCGGGCAACUGGUAGGGGCUACAAUCAAUUAAACACACAUCUCUUUCUUCUAAGGGGUUCCCUCUCCCCCGCCCUCCCCCAACCAUUCAGAAAGUGUGAAAAUGUUUCUGCCUCGUUUUUCCUCUUCUCCAGAGUUCUUGCUCAGUUUCAUUAAGAGAUCCCAGCCAAUCGUAUACAUAUGUUUAAAAAUAAAAUACCUGACAUACAUACGUAUAGAGAGAGAAUGGUCGGCAGGCCGAUCUCACAAGUAAAACUUAUCCCAACAGCCAACAACAUGUUUGAGGUUUUCCUUCUGCAGGAUUCUGGACCUGGAAAACAAUUUGGCUAGUUUCAGGGGGAGCUCUAACUCUUGGGGGAACUUGCCCAGCUUGGUAGCCUCUAAAAUAUUUUGGGUUUCAUACUGGUUAGAGACGAUGGGAAUUGUAGUUGGAGGGCAACAAGUUGGGGAAAGCUGGCUUAGAGAUUUCCUUCAACCAGGUACUUUCUUGGUGGACAGAAAUACAAACUGCUCUUUCUAAUGUUGGAGAGAAUUGGGGGGGGGGAUUCUGUGCAAUUUGGGGCCGUCAUCCAAAAUGAUUUUUUUCAUGCAGCUUUUAAGGGUCACUGAAGAGACAAGUAGGAGGAGUCAGCUAAUUAUCUUCAGGGAUCUAUGCAAAGGACCUAGUGCAGUGUGUUUCAAACUUGGUAACUUUUAAGAUGUGUGGACUUCAGUUCCCAGAAUUCAGGGAGCUGAAGUCCACACAUCUUCAAGUUGCCAAGGUUGAAAAACACUGAUCUGAUGGAUUCCUGCCGUUGAAUGUUAUCACCUGGUAGAUGGGACAGUUUCUCCUCCAUCAAACGUCUUACUCUCUGUUUCGCCAAGACUUUUUCCUUUCUCUCUUCACGUCCUUUGUACAGUACUUGCAAGGUGUCUGGCUCUCUUCUAGUACGGGUGAGAGAGAAGCUCUCCAUCUCCUUCCACCUGGGUGAAGAAAAAAAUAUAUAUGGAAAAAAAGUAUAUAAGGAAUUAUAUAUAUUAGCAAGGAUUGAAGUUGGAUUAUUUUUUAGUUUGAUGUCUUGUUUUGGGUUUCUUUUUACAGAUCUUGAAGUUAAAUUUUAUUAAUAAAAAGAAAAUGUAAAAACCAA